AUGGAAGACAAAGGCCCAAUGAUACUUGCGAUUUCCGCCAUCCUCUCCAACGUUUUCGUCACUAUCUCGGUAUACUGGGGCAACGGAAAACAUUUUGAGUCACUCGAUUUGCAACAGAAGCAAAACACAAUCAAGUGGAUGAUGGCAGCAUAUGUCCCCGGAAUCGAAACCCUUGGCCUUCCCAAACUGGCAGUCAUCGCCCUCCUCGCGAGGCUUCUGAUGCCCAACAGGGUACAUCUUUGGAUACUCUGGUGUAUGGGAAUCAUAUGCUGCCUGUCUCUCACGGCUAUGGUCACCACGCUACUUCUCCAGUGCAGUCCCCCAAGAGCUUUGUGGACUUUAACAAUGCCCAGAGAUUGUCUUGAUCCGUCAACGCUCGAAGGUCUAGCAUUUUGGGCCAGCUCGGCUUCAGCGUUUCUAGACUUUUAUCUUGCUGUGUACUCGGCGAUCACACUCUGGAAGCUUCUCAUGCCUCUCAGGAAAAAGCUAGUAUUGAGUCUUGCCCUUGGAAUGGGUAUUAUUUGCGGGGCAAUUGGAAUUAUUAAAGCCAGCGGAGUCCCGACUCUGGCGAGUCAAGAUGUCAGCUACGACUUGUGUGAUCCUCUGUACUGGACUUCCGUGGAAGGCAAUCUGAUUAUUAUCGCUGCGUGCAUCCCAGUCCUUCAACCAAUUCUGGAAAUGUUCAAGGGGCACAAAAUCUGGAGCACUAAGAAAAGCUCUAGAAGUGGCCAGUACGCAGGCCAGAGUGAGGAGAAUGCGCAGAAGCAACAGGGCAUUGAACUCGAAGAUAAGCCAAGAAAGAAGGUGGAUGCAUAUGGGUUCACAAUUCAAGAAAGGGAUGGGAGUGAGGACAACAUUGUUGACUCUGAUAGGCUGUCCGAAACUAUGGCCCUGAGCACACAUAGCACUACGAAUAGUGCUGAAGAUGUCAUGAUGAGAACUCAAGAAGUGGAUGUUGAACCUGACCAUUAA